AUGCAGCAAGCACUCUACGAUGCAGCCCUUGCGAGGACAGACGCUGUACUCGCUGCUGCGCGGUGCAUGGUACUCUUUGAAGGGCUUGAGAGCACUACUGAUACGAUGGAAUCCUGGAUUAACCAAGUUCACGGCAUCGGCCGAAUCAUGCAACUGCGUCGACCGGAGGAGUUCAAUGAGCCUUUCGCAAGAGCAAUUCUUGAGUCGAUGCGGCAGAAUUCAUUCAUCGUCAGCAUCAUGACCAGCACACAGAUCUUUUACGGUCAACUACAAUGGCGCACCUUGCCGUGGGCUGGGGUCGAGAAGGGUUUCGACCAAAGGCUGUAUGACCAUGGCUUUGAUCUAGCCCAUAUGUUCGACACUGCUGCUCAUGAGAUCUGCAACACAACAGAGUCCACCGCCUUUCCACACUACAAAGAGAUCUUCAUCCGUUUGGGAGACUCGUUUGAGGCGUUGUGCGCGCUGAACGAUGAAUUGACUCGGCGGCGAACAGAUGACCCAGACGAUCGAACGCUUCAAUCACCAAAUCUCUCCAUCUCGCUUGCGGCUAUGGAUCUUCUCUUCGCGAACUUUGCGGAGAAGCUUCUAUCCAAGUGUCCCAGGUCCAUCGUUGACGCCAACAAUGAGAUCAUACAACGAUUUCUCUGCUUCACGCCACUCGAUCGCCGACGAGAUCUGGCGCGACAGAUCUUGCAUCAGGUGUUUAUCUCCAUCGACAAAGAGCCCAAGUUCAUCGUUGCUCAGCUCGUGUUUGGCCUGCAGGUGGCGCGAUUGCAACUGAAGGAUGGCAGCACCGAGGCGGACAUCAAGUCUAUACAGGCGAUUCUUGACAAGAUGGAGACGCGCAAUCACCACCGUCUAACGGGCAGCAUGAGGCGAGCCGGGAAGUCGGUAGCUCCGCCUCUAUUGACAGCAGAAAAUACAGCUUAG